CUUGCCGUGCAGGAAAAGGGCACUUUCUAUUUUUUUUUUAUUUUUUUUACCUGUUCUUACAAACAAUUCAGAGACUGGAUGGGAAACAACAUAUCCAACUUUACAGAUAUUGCAGCUAUUGGAAGCUAUGUAAGCGAAUUAGGCGAUGUCUAUUACGAAAAAAGGCAAUUAUACACUUUUUGAUUUCCUGAAUGCAUCUUUUUAACACUUGUUUAUGCAAAAUAAAUAAAAUAAAUAAAUAAAAUAGUAUUGGUACCGCACGAUUUAU